AUGGAGAGGUAUUUUUCGAAAAGAAAGCAACCGGAGAAUGCUACUGAAACGCCUACUCAAGAAUCCAGAGAAAUGCCUACAAUCCAGCCACUUCAGGACAUCAAUAUAGCUCAUGAGAUUGAGCUGCCAACAGACCCAGCAAAGAGAAGGAGUAUAUAUGCAUUUGCCGCAAAUGAAAAAGACAGGCCGGCAUGCGGUGGUCAAAGUGGCGGUGACUCAUUUGUUAGUGAGGGAUUUACAAAUUGGAGGUUAGGUCUGAAGAGAUUAAGGGAGCACGUCGGGGAUCAUAAUAGUAUACAUAACAAAUGUAGAAAGGUUGCUCAAGAUUUAAUGAACCAGAAACAGCAUAUAGAAGUUGUCUUGUCCAGGGAAAUAGAACAAUCAUGUUUGGAUUACCGCACUCGCUUGGAUGCAACAAUAGACGUUAUCAGAUUGUGUUUGAGCCAAGGGUUGGCAUUUCGGGGACACGAUGAAACAGAGAACUCACUUAAGCGGGUUAAUUUUCUUACUAUACUUGAAUUUCUUGCUAAACAUAAUGAAGAAGUAAAGAAGGUUAUGCUUGAUCAUGCUCUUGGAAAUAAUAAGUUGAUAGCUCCAAAUAUUCAAAAUGAUAUAAUGAAUGCAGUGACAAUUGACACGACUAAUAUUAUCCUUAAAGAUCUAGGAGACAAAUUGUUUAGCAUUUUAGUUGACGAGUCCAGGGAUAUUUCAAUCAAAGAACAAAUGGUGUUGUUGAUACGUUAUGUGGACAAAUAUGGUUCUGUUGCUGAGCGAUUUCUUGGAGUUGUGCACGUUAACGAUACCACUUCUCUAUCACUUAAACAUGAUGUUGAACUUUCAAACAAGCACAGAUUAAGUAUUGCAAAAAUACGUGGGCAAGGCUACGAUGGAGCGAGUAAUAUGCAAGGUAAAUUUAACGGAUUGAAUAUCUUGAUUUUGAAGGACAAUCCAUGUGCUUAUUAUAUCCACUGUUUUGCGCAUCAACUACAAUUGGCGCUUAUUGGUGUUGUUAAAAAUGAUCGAAAGAUUGCUGUAUUCUUUACUCAAAUAUCUACUUUGACCAAUGUGGUUUAUGGUUCGUGCAAAAGACAGGACUUGCUUCGAGAUAAACAAACCGAAGAGGUACUUCAAGGAAUAUGUUUAGGUGAAAUUAUGACAGGAAAGGGAUUUAACCAAGAAGCAAAUUUAAAAAGGGCAGGAGACACGCGGUGGGGCUUUUACUACAUGACACUUUUAAGCUUGAUUCGGCUAUGGAGUCCGGUAGAUAAUGUCCUGGAACAUGUUGCAGAACAUACUGAUGAUCAUAAGCUUCGUGGUAAUGCAGAGCUUAUGUUGGUAUCCAUGAAUAAUUUUGACUUUGUGUUUUACUUGCAUUUAUUGAAAAAUAUUCUUGAAGUUAGUAACGAAUUAUCACAAGCACUGCAAAAGAAUGAGUAG